CGGUGGAGCGUCUCGGUCUUGGGGACAGAGCGGUUUUGAUCUUGGAAGUCAUCUCUGAGAGCGGUGCCUGACAGAUCUGAGGAGGAAUUCGUGGCCAUGAAGUGCUUCAUUGCAGUAUUACUAUUGACAUACGUGUCGGCUGGACACGUGGGUUACGGUUCCAACAACAACAACAACAACAACAACAACAAUAACAACAACAACAAUGGGCAAACAGUCAAAGGCAAAAUUGGCCCCUGCAACUCACUGGCGGAUGUUGGCAACUUCAUGACGUCUCCAACCCUGUGUUACUACCAGGUUUGUGAGGCCAGGCUGGCUCACGAUGUUUCAUACACCACCAAACGCUGUGCACCUGGAUCCCGUUUUGAUGCUGGCGCCGAGGAACCUGGAUGCGCCAUCUUUGACAGCAGGUGCCUGCUUCCCACACAGGCUCCCACACAGGCCACCACGAAAAGCAGUGGCGGUGGUUAUGGUAACGGUGGCGGCAGUGGAGGAAAUGGCGGUGGUAGCGGAGGUGGUUAUGGAACCGGCGGCGGUAGUGGCGGCAGUGGAGGAAAUGGCGGUGGUAGCGGAGGUGGUUAUGGAAUGGGCGGCGGCAGUGGCGGAAAUGGCGGUGGUAGCGGAGGUGGUUACGGUACCGGUGGCGGCAGCGGCGGAAAUGGUAACGGUGGUGGCAACGGCAACAUGCAAAAAAUGAUGCAGAAAAUGAUGCAGAUGAUGAUGAUGAUGGCAAAUGCUGACUAGAAUAGUAAACAAGGGGAGCGCAAUAUGAUGUGUCUCGGGACAACACUGGGUGUCCAUGAGUUUUAACAACGCAGCGGCACUAGUCUCAGAUACAACAUACGGGCAUUUACAUACAGAUAUCACGUGAUAUUUAAUUACACUGGUCUAGAAACUGAAACAAGUACCCGUGUAAGUAAAGACAAAAAAAUACAAUGUCAAAUUAGAUAAUGGAAUAUCAUUCAAGAGAAGAACAUUAUAUCCAAGGAAAUUGUUUUGUAGUAUAUCUAAAAAACGAAAGAUAUAAAAAAAAACAAAAGUUUUAAAAUUCCUCAGCACUGUUGUCUCUUUAAAUGCAAACCCAUAUUGAAAAUUUCCUAUUUGUUAUGCUAAGUGCCGUUAGUUUACCUUAAUAAAGUUUGCUUUAAUAAACGAUUUGCCAAACACAAA